AUGUACUUCAGGGAUGAUUGGAUCCUGUCACAGAAAAGUUUGAAAGGGUCUGAUGCCAAAGUAAACCCUGCUUCCAAAGAAUUUUGGGUGGAACUCAAAGAGGCUUUCAGUCAAUUGAACCCGAACAUGCGCGCAUACUACGAAGAGCUGGCAACUGAAUCCGGAGCAGAAGCUGCUCGCAAACGUGCAUUGGACGGCUCAUCUGUCAAAGACCAGAUUGAAAUUGAGAGUUCUUCACUUCAAGUGGCUUUGGCAAAUCAAGAUUCAUCUCUGCCAUUGGUUUUGCAAGGAGGCGAUCAGGAUGGUUUGCACGUUGCCUUGCCUUUGAAUCCAUGGUUGGCAGAGGCAUCAGUGAUGGAGCAACAAACGGACUUGGACAUCAUGUCGGAGAUGACCAAGAAUGUGUUGAAUGAAAUGUUGUCAACAAAGGUUGACUUAUUGGGUGACAACAACCAACACCCCAUUUCAGAGUCCUUGCUGGAAUCAUCUUGGCGAAGCAAUGUUGCACAUGGGAUCACGUGGGCACAAGCGCUAUCUAGGUUUGACCAAGAGGCUCAAAGGUUUGUUCGCCCACCACCAGGUUUUGCAUUUCCAAGGCAAGUGCAAUACCAGGGACACUGUGGAAGCUUCUGUCGCUUUCACAAUGACAUCCUUGUGGUUUCUUUUUUUAGAAGGUUGCUUCGUGCUAUGCAGGAGGUGGUUGAAUGGUCUGGUGAGGGGAUUGGUCGCGCAGCACAGGAGAACAUAUUGUUGCAAUUUCAAGUCAUUGACGGGAUCAGCCGUGAUGUGCAUGAUGUGCAUGCAUGGCUUGUCGCCCCUAGUGCUGCCAGCGGGCCUCACAGUGCCUCUCAGGCGUUCAUACUUUGUCGGAGGGUUGAGAUCGAAGAUGUUGAAGGAAACCGCAGCGACACUGACUUGGAAAGAGGUUCUUUUUUUCUGGAUUUGGAAGCGUUGCCAUUUUUGGAAUCCACGGUUGAGCAUGCGUCCAAUUUGCUUCCUUCCGGGCCUUUAGAACAAUUGUCAGAAGAGGAGUUUGCCGAGCGUCUUUUUAGAACGUUCGAAGCAACUGCCGCUUUGCCAGAUGAAAUUGCCAUUCGUCGUCUUGACUUUGAUGAUGUAUCUCUCAGACGGGUGCGUGUCACCCGUUAUUCUCCAGAGUUUGAGCCAAUCCGUGUUCUCAUGCAUGAAGUUGAGAAUGGGGAGGAGGAGGAAGAGGAAAUUGGAGAAGUAGUUGAAGAUGAUUCAGACCAACCACCUAUAGGGGCUUCUGAAGAGGCAGCUGUGCCUGACUUGUUGUCAUUGGUGCUUGAUGAUGAACCAUCAAAAACUCAGACUAGGAGCAAAAAAUCUUCCAAGCCGAAGCCUUUGCAAAUGACAUCCACCCGGCUUCGAAAACAUGUUGUUGAUGAGGCGUACCAGGGGGCCGAAGGGCCUUCAUUUCCAGCUGAAGUGGAUCUGGACAACUCUGAAAUGCAACAGCAACUCCGUCGCGCUGUGGGUGAUAUUGCUCUAGUGGCAUCCUUGGAUGAAGGGGCAAAAGCAUCUUUAUUGGAUGCAGUGUCGUGUUGCUCCAGCAUUCAUCAGCCUGGUGUUGAAGCUGCGUUCAAUUUUGUUGAGUCAGACGAGGAAGGAAAGGCUCAUGUUGAGGUUAGUGAGUUUGAGGAAGAGCCUGAGGUAGAUCCCAAUGCACCAGAACAGAUUUCUGAGAACCUUGAAGAAUAUGAUCUUUUUGGACUGGAUGAUAUGCCAGGGGUUUCCGAAAGUGCAUCGGCUGCAUCGUCAUCUUCUACUUCCAACCGAGAGGACCGACCCUCCUCUGAUUCCAGCGGUGCUGUAUCUUCUUCGGAAACUAUUUUGUCCAGGCGUUCUGAUGGUAACGUGUUAAAGUUGUUAUCUCACAAGAAUCUGGUUGCUGGUAAUUUGAUGUAUGAAGUUCGCCAGCAGUGGCCCAACGGCAUUCACACGCCCGUUGGAAAGAUUUCGCUGAUUGCAAACGUGCGCAAUCAGACUUUGAAGGCAAGCUGCUCAAUUCACAGGCUUUGCCAUUGCAUGUUGAGUAGUUCGCAUAGCGACGCUGAUGCCGAGCAUGGCAAGGUCAACAAAUUAGUUGAAUGGCUUUCAGUAGCAUUGGAUAGCACUCCUGCUAUGCACACCAAUCUUAGCAAGGAAAUUAGGCUCUCCUAUGGAAUGAAAGUUCGCGAGUGA